AUGAGAAAGAUGCGGUGGUCAAAUCCUUUAGCGUUUGGCAAAGACCUGUGGGACCCGUCCCACAGGUACGAGACAUCGUGGCUACUGCCGCCAUACGUCCUGUUCGCGAUACGCUUCCUAUUCGGCCUCUACGCGCUCGUCGUCAACCUCACCCAGAUCGGGUACUACUGCACGCACCAGGCCGCGUUCGGCGGGUGCACUGCGGCAGGCAACACCUUCAGCUAUUUCACGACGCUGACAUACUGGGGGCUGGCCUUCUACUUCCUCGUGGCAUCCGUACACACCUUCACGUACGCCCGCACCGGCACGCCGCUGCUCGACCGCUGGCCGCGGUAUCUGCAGGCGCUCCACGCCUUCUACUACUCGACCAUCACCGUGUACCCCUUCAUCGUCACCGCCGUCUACUGGUGGCGCCUGUACAGCGGCGCGUGGUUCACGCAGGAGUUCGCCGCCUUCACCAACCUCAGCCAGCACGCCAUGAACAGCGGCUUCGCGGCGUUUGAGAUCCUCGUGCCGCGCACGCCGCUCGCGCCCUGGAUCCACAUGUGGUGGCUGGUCUUUGUGCUCGCGCUGUACCUGGCGCUGGCGUACCUGACGCACGCGACCAAGGGGUUCUACACGUACGACUUUUUGGACAUCCAGGAGAACGGCAGCGGGCUGGUGGCGGCGUACAUCAUUGGCAUUGCGGUGGCGUGUCUGGUCGUCUACGGCAUCGUCAAGGCGGUCAUGCUGCUUAGAUUGUGGCUGACCGAGAAGGUGCUGGGCAAGGAUGGCAAGUUCGCCCACCAGCCUGGGUAUGGCAACGAGGACGUGGAGAUGGCGGGAUUUGAUAGGAAUAGGCACAAGGAUAGCCAUAGUCCGUGUCUGUCCAAUAUCAAGCAGUUUGCUGUUUAA